AGCGGCUGUUUUCCAGGUUUAGUAUCACCCAAAGUGCGAAUGUCAUGCUUAUGGCCAAUCGUGCCAAUGUGUUUGUUGUAUAAGACGCCUGCUGAGCGCCUGUGAGAUAUGAAUUUAGAUAUCCAAUAUUCAUCCAACAGCUGAACUUCUCGCUGCGCUUAAGAAGUUUUUAUGUCUGUUUGUUAGUUUCUUGUUUCCAUUGGCUUCAUAGAUUCUAUAUAUUCGACUUUUCAUCGAGGGAUAAUUCUGCAUUGCCAUAUUUAUUUAUCCAUCUCUUUCAUAAACUGUGGGAUUGGACGUCUCGGUUUCUUUCCUUCUGGACCUUCUCCGCUUUAAUAUUCUUACCUCUUGCUUCUUCGACCAUUCCUCGACCCAAUUCAUAUUCAUCAUGGUUUCUUCAUCUUUCCUCUGGGCCAUAUUUGCUCUGGGAGCAGCGGCUCUUCCAGCCCCAACCUAUACCUUUUCAUCUGGUGCUGCAUAUCCCGCCGAAAAACAAGUGAUAUCCGAAUACUUCGACAUGUUGGGUCAAAAAGUUCAAGCAGGAAGGAAAAUGUCUCACGCUCCAGUGUGCAAUCUCAACAAGGCCGUUCAACCAGUUUUAUGUAUGCCCUCCUCACUUUCCACACAGUCACACAAAGUCCUCAAAACUAAUUCAACAACCACAGCUCCAACACCAAUGCCCGGACCUUCAAAAGGUCUAACACUAAAACACGUAGCCAUCGGCCGCGGAACACAAAACUACACCUGCAGCACCAAUGCAACAGCAGCACCUACCGCCGUCGGCGCAGUAGCAACCCUCUUCAACGCCUCCUGCAUCGCAUCCACCUAUCCAGACCUCCUCUCCAUCCUCCCCAACGUAGCCCUCCAAUUUGAUCUCAAUCUCGCCGCAUCCUCUACUCAGAACCUUAAUCCCGCCGACCUCAUGAUGAGCGGCCAUCAUUUCUUCACCAAUUCCUCCACACCAUUUUUCGAUCUCAACACCAAGAAUUGGAAUUUAGGUCGAGGAGGCUUUGCGAAAACAGAUGGCCUAGCUGCUCCGGUUGACGCAUCGGUAGGCCAGAAUAAUAAAGGAUAUGGAGCGGUAGCUUGGUUAAAAUUGUCCGCUAGAGAUGGGGCAACUGGUGGUCUGCAGGAGGUUUAUCGUGUUAAUACUGCGGGGGGAAAUCCACCAACGACUUGUAAGGAUAAUUUGGGAAGUAGCUUUGAUGUUCAGUAUGCUGCUGAGUAUGUUAUUCUUUCUACUACAUUUUUGGUUUUCCAAUAUCAUGAACAAUCUACUAACAUCAACCAGAUACUGGUUCUACGAAGAAUCGUAAAAGUCCUUAUAUCUCAACUCGCCCACCUACCCAACAAAAAAAACACAACAGAACAGAACAGAAUACACAUGACAAUAGACACAAAGUCAGUCGACGGGAACCGACAACGGAUAUAAUACUUUCCUGUUCUUUCCUUCCCUUCCCUCUCCUUUCAUCCUCACCCAUUCAACCAAACCCCAGACGUCUACUCGACUAUCCAUCCAUCCAAGCAUUCAACCGGCGUAAAGGCAGGGAGGGUACAUCGAUAUCCCUCGCAUU